AAUAUACGUUCGAGGAAAAAAACCUUGCACCCAACAGCCUGGACAGCAGCACACUGAGAGUAUGUUUACACGGGAGCAGGAUCCGCCCUGAAAAACGCCUCCGUAACAAAUCAAAUUGAGAGGAGGGCGUUUAUAUUCAUUGAAGCGGAGAGCGUACAAACAAACAUCAUUCCCUCACCCGAACCUCCCCUGGAAGGUCCCGCCCACCUCCUGUCCGAUGGAAUCGCACCCCUACACCCUGACCCACCCCCUCUGAAAUGGUCACUGCCUUGAAUCUCUGCAAUGAGACGGCAAGAGCAGGUCGUGUGUUACGAAUCUUUCAGGCAUCACAUACUGAGAAUCGGUUAGGCAUAAAUUGACAAGACGGCUCGUGGAGUUUGUGUUAUUGUUUUUAGCAUUAUGGCUAGCUAAUUCCUAGCUAGAUAAACAGUCUGGUUAUCGAGACUCAAUUAUAUAAUCAUAUGUUAACGUAAUUUCACAGAUAUCGCUAGGUUUAACGUUGGUUGGAUAAAAGCUUGCUAGCUCUAUACCUAGCUGGCUCUGCUACCAUCUGUGGCAACAUUACACGUAAGUGCGCUGGAAAAAUACAGUUUUUACAAACUUAGCUUGCAUCCACUGCAUUGCCAGUGACAGUGGAAACGUUGCGAUCAACAUAUUUUCUGCAUGUAUGUGACCGCGGAACCAAACCACAUUUUCAGAAUGCCGAAUAUAGGGUUCCAGAACCUUCCGCUCAAUAUCUACAUUGUUGUUUUUGGAACGGCGAUAUUUGUGUUCAUCCUCAGUCUCCUCUUCUGCUGCUACCUGAUCAGGUUACGGCACCAGGCACACAGAGACCUGUACGCCUACAAGCAGGUUAUACAGAAGGAGAAAGUGAAAGAGCUAAAUUUACAUGAGAUAUGUGCGGUGUGCUUGGAGGAGUUCAAGCAGAAGGACGAGUUGGGAAUCUGCCCCUGCAAACAUGGCUUCCACAGGAAGUGCCUCAUUAAGUGGCUGGAGGUGCGUAAGGUGUGCCCGCUGUGUAACAUGCCCGUCCUGCAGCUGGCACAGCAGCAGGGUGGCACGGAGCCCCAGGGUGGCACAGAGCCCCAGGGUGGCACGGAGCCCCAGGGCCCUGUACCGCAGCCCCUGCCAGGCAUGGACAACCCGGUGUAGCGUCCCUUGCUGGAACAGCCUCUCCUCACACACUCUCACCUGUACAGGAGCACCUGGAUGUGUUUAUGGACAGGAACACUACUGCUAUGCAGAGAUCCAGAACACUUGAAUCUCCUCGUCUUUUUUUUCCUCCUUCUCUGCCUGGGCGGACUCACACUUAUUUUAUUUUUUAUUAUUAAUAUUGUUCUUACUGACAAUGAAGAACUCUUCACUUAAUCUCCUGUUUCUGCUACUGGCCAAGCCAUGGUCAUACCUGACUGUUUCAUAACCAAAGCACUUUUUUGGGGGAAGGGGGACAUCAGUUUUUUUAAGUCAAAUCUGAGAUAGCUAAAUCAGUGUGCACUUUAUAAGAACUAAAAUCCUACUGGAGUGUGAAGGUCAUGCAAAGGUCAUAUUUUAUGUCUUGUUUUUUUUUUUUUUUUUUGUGCUAAUGCGUUGAACACGGCUAGGAUUUCUGUUAAUCCACUUAAGAACUUUUUCAAAAAAAGGUCAUAACACUUCAUUCAGAAGGGGCAAACACGCUGGUGAUGACAGAUGCUUUGGUGAUAAAUUAAGGGGGUGACAGUCAAUGGUGGUGAAAGAUUGGGGUCUGAUUCCAAAACUAGAAAAACCACAUUGUGUGGUAUUGUUACUGCCACAUAUGUAAAUAGUUCUUUUUUUAAUACAGUUGAAAUUAUUGAUUAUUAUUGUUAUUUAUUUAUUUUUACUUACUUUAUUGAACUAAGGUCAAAAUCUACUCUAGGGUUUAAUUUAUAUAUCGGACUAUCUAGGUCUGAGGUAUCCAUACAUUUUGACACUAUGCAAAAGAGCUGUACAUUUACCUGUGUUUUCACACAUAUCUUAUCAACAACUAGUGUCCGUCAGCAUCACAUGUAAUACCAGACACCUGAGUUUUGUACAGAUGAGGAAAAAGUGAGAGCUAAUAUUGCCUUUAGGAGUAUGAACACAGUGACGGAGUGCGGGUGUAGGGUGUAAUCAUUUGAAAACACACUUCGGUCAGUGAUUUCUGUAAUAGCUAUAUCGUGCUGUGUUGGACCACUUUGCAAGACAAAGGAAAACGUACUUCUCUCAGCAACUUAUUUUCAGCAGUUAAUUUACCUGCUGAAUAGCACUUACAUGCAUUAAGCCUUCAAAAGCAUUGAGGACAGAAUUAACUAUUUUGUGUUUAAAACCUAUCUACCAAAAUGCACUCCUUACUGAAGCAAUGGAUGACCACAGAAUGAAGCUCUUAAUGAUUGGAGUUAGUUUGAGUCUUGCGUCAGGUGUAACGGUGAGUCUUCAUUACUGUUACUGCUAUUGUACUAUACUGUGAGUGUAGAGCACAGGAUAUAAGUUUAAAGUUCCUCUUGUAAAUGUUACCUUCUCUACAGGUAGUCUACGCAUUGUGUUUUCUACUUUGUCCCCGCGGUCAAGGCGUAAGUACCUGAGUAUUGUCAUUCCAUUUUAAACAUGCUGCAACUUUUAAAAGAAGGGAAAAUAAGCACAGGAUUUUGUUUCAUACAGUGGCGGGUUCUUGUUAGCCAGUGAAAAAUACUCUCCAAAACGGGGAGAGCGUUUGACAUGUGCUUGGAAUUAUUACAAAAGGUUCUCUGACACGAUUAAGCAAAUAACAAAAUGUGAGCUUUUAACUGAAAUUCUGUUGGUCUCUGAAAAAGCAAAAACAAUUUAUGGAUAAAGCAUAAAUUAUCCGUGUCAUCAACAUUGUAAACCACUAUUGUUAUAUCAAAAUGGCAAAGUUAGCGGUAGAUCAUCACCUCAAACCCUAGAUUUUAUGCACCAGAGGGCGAUGCCUUUGCACUCAGUCUGACGUCGUUGGGUUGGGGCUAAAAGGUGUUCAGGUUCACUGCCUCUGAGAUCAAUGCCAGGCACCUCUCUUACUGCGAGUGUCUCUUUUGUGUCUGUUACUAACACCCCCCACCAUUAUGUUCACCUGCUUACAAAUUGAGGUGAAAGGCAUGGCCACUGGCCGCACCUUCCUGCCUGUCCAAGCUCCGCCUCUCCCUGCCUAAACCCCACCCAUCACUGAUUAGCCAGUGACCAAGCUCCGCCUCUCCCUGCCUAAACCACGCCCAUCACUGAUUAGCCCAUGACCAAGCUCCGCCUCUCCCUUGGUCAACCCCACCUAUCGCAGGUUACCCUGUGUCCAAGUUUCACCUCUUCCUCCAUGAAAUCCACCUAUCACUGACUAGGUCACAGACAUUUUUGUAAACAGAUUUCUGUAGCAGAAUAUUUUUGGAGACUUGCGCUUUAUUUCUAAGCUCUAUUUUUGUACACUGAAUUGCCAUUUGAUUUUGAAGGGGUUUGUUUUCUGUUGAUGUUUUCAUGCUUUGUUCCUUUUGAAUGAAAAGUAAUGCAUGUAAAUAACUUGAAAUGUAAAUAAACUGCCAAAUUUUGGAAAAUG